CCAUGCAAGAAAGCAUACAUUUUGCUUCAUCAGGAGAUGACGUUAAAAUAUGGGAUUCCUCAUCUCUAACUGUGGUGGAGCAGUUCAACCCACAUACACCCCCACAUCCAGUCAGCUCACUAUGUUGGGCCAGCAAUAAUAGAUACCUGGCCACUGCCUCUGCUGCUGGUGAUAAAAUAGUUGUUUCAAGCUGUAAAAGCAAACCUGUUCCACUCUUUGAAAUAGCUGAAGGAGCAAAACAGACAUGUGUGAGCUUGAAUUCUAGUUCCUCAUAUAUUGUGAGUGGAGGCCUUGAUAACACAGUUAAUAUCUGGGAUCUGAAAUCCAGAAGGGUUUACCGUAGCCUUAAGGAUCAUAAAGAUGAAGUCACAUGUAUUACAUAUAAUUGGAAUGAUUGCUACAUUGCUUCUGGAUCUUUGAGUGGUGAAAUUAUCCUACACAGUGUUACCACCAAUUUAUCAAGUACUCCCUUUGGUUAUGGCAGCCGUCAGCCUAUUCGACACUUGAAAUAUUCAUCCUUUAAGAAAUCCUUGCUGGGCAGUGUUUCUGACAGUGGAAAUGUAACUCUGUGGGAUGUAAAUAGCCAGAACCCGUAUCAUAAUUUUGAAAAUACUCAUAAAGCACCAGCUUCAGAAAUCUGCUUUUCUCCAGUCAAUAAGCUGCUGCUUGUAACUGUAGGUUUGGACAAAAGAAUUAUUCUCUAUGACACUUCAAGUAAAAAAUUACUGACAACAAUAGUAGCUGAUUUUCCUCUGACAACAGUAGACUUCAUGCCUGAUGGUACUACUUUGGCUGUAGGAUGUUCCCGGGGAAAAAUCUGCCAGUAUGACUUAAGACAACUGACAUCACCAGUGAAAACAGUUAUUGCUCACAAAGGCUGUGUGAAAUGCAUACGUGUUCAGUUCAGUAGCACUUUUUCAAAGUCUAAUGUUAUGGGUUCUUCAAAUAAACCUGUAUGCAAAAGAGUAGAAGUCAAAGCUGGUAGUAAUCUUGGAGGAAUUCAAAAUAUUGGCAUCAAAAAUGUUGCCUCUCAAGCAUCAGCAACAGUUUCGUCUCAUCUGACAUUGCCAAAUGAGAAUAAGGGAGGAGAGGUUCCUCAGGAGAAAACAGGCUUUCCCCAUAGUUGCAGCUUGGAUGUGAUUCCAUCUAAAGAAACAGAUUACGGGAGAAGUGCUGAUUUAAAUAAUUUUGAUGAUUUCGGUCGAAGUAGUUUAGGAGAUGUGUUUUCUCCAGUCAGAGAUGAUAUUAUUGCAAGUAAAGCGAAUGAAGAACCUCAAGGAAAAGGAGAUGGUAAACAUACUUUCAGUCUGGAUUUUCAGUCCUACCUUUUGGGUUUGGAUUUUCUCCCACAGCUCACCACUGCCUUACCAGUAAAAAGAAACACAGUGAGCAGUAGUGUACAAGGGAUACGGUCUAGCCCAUUACAUGCACUUGUGGGAUCUCCGAUUAAAGAAGAGGAAGAACAUCCAGAGACUGACACUAAGAAAAUAAAUCUUGGAAAACAAGAAUCUAAAGAAGUCUUACAGCAGCUUUCAAAAUCGAGCUCAUCAAGCACAGAAUCUGUAACUUUAAGUCCUCCACCAUCAUCCACUGCUGUAAAGGCUCCUGAUACAAAUGAGAGACUAGUGAAGAAUAUUCAGGCCCAUCCUGCAUAUGAUCUACCAGUAAAUGGUACUACCUCAAUAAGUAAGUUGAUCAUUUUGGCCCAGUUUUAG